AUGGCAAAAAGGCUGGAGACCCUGUACUACGUUGUGAAUCAUGUCAGAAGCUUCAACACGUAUCAGCUGACGGAGGAAGGAAAGGAGUACCUGAGAGAAGGGUCACCAGAACACGUAACGUUGAAGCAUUUAUACCCCCAUGUGGAAGGUAGUGCCAACAGUCUGGUGGAUGAAACGAGAGACUAUCUCAACAUCGUAGAAGCGUACGGAUAUGAUGAAGAUACGCUUGUCUCCCAAUUGAAGAAGGGAAUAAUGACCCUUCCUCAUGACAAGCAGGACGAAAAGGUAAGCGAUCUAAUCAAAGAGCUAAAGAAAAGAAAACUUAUGGAGAUGAAAAAAUUCUCCUAUUUGUACAUCGUUCGAACUAGCCAUUUUACAAAGGAGAUUAAGAAGCAGAUUACAGACUUAACCUACCUACUGAUAAAAAAUGAAGAAUACAAAAAGUAUGAUGUGAAAAAGUACAACUUUUUCUCUAGUGGAAAAAAAAUGAAUAAAGGAAAUACACACUUAUUAAUAAAACAAAUGAGAACGUUUAAGGAUGUUUUUGUAUCCCUCGGAUUUGAAGAAAUGGAUACGCAUAAUUAUGUAGAAUCGUCUUUCUGGUGCUUCGAUGCUUUGUAUAUUCCACAGCAACAUCCGAGUAGGGAUCUACAGGACACGUUUUUUAUUGAGACGCCUGAGUUUUGCAUAGAUGACUUCACGGAGAAAGGUUACAUCGAUAAUGUGAAGCGUGUUCACUCCGUUGGAGAUUAUGGAAGCUUUGGUUGGAAUUACCGAUGGGAAUUGAAAAGCACGAAAAAGAACGUCCUCAGAACACACACCACUGCCAGUUCUUGUAGAGCCUUAUUCCAGCUAGCUAAGGAGUAUCGAAAAACGGGUUCUAUAAUCCCAAAAAAAUAUUUUAGCAUAGAUAGGGUGUUCAGAAAUGAAAACCUAGACAGCACCCAUCUAGCCGAAUUUCAUCAAGUGGAAGGACUUAUCAUUGACAAGAAUUUGGGACUGUCUCAUUUGAUUGGCACGCUGGCAGCCUUUUACAAAUAUAUUGGCAUUUUGAAGCUGCGGUUCAAACCGACCUUCAAUCCGUAUACGGAGCCCUCCAUGGAAGUGUAUGGCUACCACGAGGAAAGCAAGAAAUGGCUUGAAGUCGGCAACAGUGGCAUUUUCCGCCCCGAGAUGCUGCGCGCCAUGGGGUUCCCCCCGGAGGUGUCCGUCAUCGCCUGGGGCCUCAGCCUGGAGCGACCCACCAUGAUCAAGUACAACAUACGUAACAUUAGGGACCUCUUCGGCUACCGCAGUGUGCUCUGA